AUGUCUGUGUUCCUCUCUAAAGAAGAAGCAAUGGAACCCCUGUUGGAUUUCGGCUACGAAAGCAACAGAGUCUCUACGAAAUUGCAAAAAUACUCUAGAAGGGAGAGCUUGCAUGGGAAAUCUCAAGACGGAAAUAAGAAAUAUAUUUGCAAGGAAGAGAAGCAGAUUGUUGUCCCCAAUUCGGGUCUGAGCCUGGUGCAGAAGCCAAUGAUGGACGCCAGACACGAAGACAGAGAAAGAAUGGCAAGCCGUCCUUUAGCAAGUGGGGGAAGUAGAAAAGGCCCUUCCGGUGCUCAGUCUGGAAUCCACGGGGAGAUCUGGGCAAGAACUGGGCAGAAGAUGCUGGAAGAAGGAACCAUCGUUUCACAAGUUCACGCCUGGAACUUCAGGAGCGUCCAAUAUCGGGAGGAUGAAGGUCCCCGAGGACUUUGCAGCCGACUGCACUACUUUUGUAGUCGAUGGUUGAAACCAGAAAAGUACACAAAAGCGCAGAUGCUGGACCUGGUGGUUCUGGAGAAGUUCCUGGUGCUUCUGCCCCUGCAGAUGGAGAGCUGGGUGCGGGAGUGUGGAGCAGAGACCAGCUCCCAGGCGGUGGCCCUGGUGGAAGGCUUCCUCCUGAGCCAGGCGGAGGAGAAGAAGGAGCAGGUUGAGUUGCAGCCCUUUGCAAUGGAGAUCAGAGAUCCUGAGAGAAAGAGGCAUCCGUCAAAUCUCCCUGAAGAACUGUCUUUCAGGGGGAUCCCUCCGGGAGAUCCAAUUCAGGACACCUCAGGAGGGAAGAAUAGAAGGAAGUUGACUCUUUGUUCUGAGGGAGCAGAAACCAGGAUUGAACCUCCAACUCAGGAGAGUCUUGUGUCCUUUGAGGAGGUGGCUGUGUAUUUCCCCGAGGAGGAGUGGUCUCAGCUGGAUCCUCACCAAAGAGCUCUGCAUUGGGAAGUCAUGCUGGAGAAUUAUAAGAACGUGGUCUCUCUUGGUGAGAAUAAGAAUGACAAUAAUGACUCUGGAGAACCAAUCGAAGUCUUUAGACAAGGAGACGUAAUGGAGAAACCUGCAAUUCAAACAGAAUUCCAAAGGCAGGAGGGAAAUCUGUCAACUAACUGGAAUAAGAAAAGCUCACCUUCGAUUGUUGCUCAGAUGCAGGACUUUAUUGAUCAACGAGGAAAACUAAAGAAGACAUAUAUUGGGAAAGAUGUAAGACUCUAUGAAGACACAUUAGAUGUAAAUGGACCCUGUCCAUCACAAGCCAAAGGACCAGCCAAUAUAUGCAAAGACAAAGGAAAAAAUUACAGUUGGAUAUUCCCACUUUCUCAAGAAAAUGGGUCUCUUGAAUCAAAGAAAAAUUUCCACAUCGGAGAGAAGUCAAAUAUAAGUAAUGAACAUGGAAACAAGAUUGUUAAUAAAAGGACAUGCAUGAGAGAGAAGCCAUAUAAAUGCAUGGAAUGUGGAAAGGGCUUCAGAAGAAACAGUCAUCUUAAACGCCAUCAAAGGCUCCACACAGGGGAGAAGCCAUAUAAAUGCAUGGAGUGUGGAAAGGGCUUCAAUGCAAGCAGUUACCUUACAACCCAUCAAAGGCUCCACACAGGGGAGAAGCCCUUUAAAUGCAUGGAGUGUGGAAAGGACUUCAGAAUAAGCGGUAAUCUUAUAUGCCAUCGAAGGAUCCAUACAGGGGAGAAGCGUUAUAAAUGCAUGGAGUGUGGAAUGGGCUUCAAUACAUCCUAUGGUCUUAUUUCCCAUAACAGAAUUCAUAGACUGGAGAAUCCCCAAAGCAAAGAUACAUUUGGGUGAGAAUGUAUGCUAACUAUUGAUUUAAUGGGUUCUAUGUAUGGAUUUCCAGUUUACAGACUGAACUCUGAAAAGAGCUUUUGAAUGUAUCUGUAUAUAUAGUAUAUAGCAGUGUCAAAUUGGUGGCUCAUGGGCUGGUCACAUCACAUGCAGGAUAAGCCCACUCCAGCUCCAUGAAUGGGGAAUGCAAUGCGUCAAAUAAUGGUGACGACAUGCGGGGAGUUUGAAACCCGUGGUGAAUACUUUCAUUUUGUUUUAUUGUUUAUAAAUGAGCUUCCUGUUCCCCAACUGUCAUCAUUCCCCCAGUUAGUCAUAGCUCUCAGAGGGAUGCAAAGACGUCUCACAGAUGCUGUUUCCCUAAGCCCAAAAGGAAAACAUCAAAAAAAUAGUCCAAUUGCACCCAUGGUAUAGAACUGGGAUCCCCAAAAGUAAUUAUAUUUGCAUCCUCAGUGUAGAACUGGGACCUGAGUCAGCCGGUAUCUAUGCAGAAACAUUGAACAUUAUUCAGUCAAAGGCCUCAUGAUAUGAGGGAAUUGUCACAUGGAGAUCAAUGAAGAGUGUAUGGGAAGAGCUAAAAGGAUGAAAAUUCCUCUUUCACAAAUGGAACCAGAAGCGCCCCAAGUGCUUGUGCAAUUUUCUUUUCAAGCAUUAUGGCCAUAUUUUGCUCUUCUGUAGUAUGGUGUGGACUAGGAAGUCCACAUGUGGUUUAAAUAAAAUUAAUUAAAUAUGA